GUCGGCAGACAGACAGUCUGGUCUGGAGCGGCGCAGACAUCAACACGGAGCCGGACCAGCGGCGGCACAGCGCCGGUACAGCGGGCACUCUGUACCCGGAAAAUAAACCCCGACCGACGGACGGAUCGACCGACGGCUCCUCGGACAGCCAUGUCGGUGAUGAGUCCGCCUCCCAGCAGCAGCGAUGCCUGUCUGAGCAUCGUUCACAGCUUGAUGUGCCACCGGCAGGGCGGGGAGAAUGAGGGCUUCGCCAAACGAGCGAUCGAGAGCCUGGUAAAGAAGCUGAAGGAGAAGAAGGACGAGCUGGACUCUCUCAUCACGGCUGUCACCACCAACGGUGUCCAUCCCAGCAAGUGUGUCACCAUCCAAAGAACGCUGGACGGACGGCUGCAGGUAGCAGGCAGGAAGGGUUUUCCUCAUGUGAUCUAUGCCCGUCUGUGGCGGUGGCCUGACCUUCACAAGAAUGAACUGAAACACGUCAAGUUCUGUCAGUUCGCCUUCGAUCUGAAAUACGACAACGUUUGCGUGAAUCCAUACCACUACGAGAGGGUGGUCUCCCCCGGCAUCGUGGGCCUCAGCAUUCAAAGUGCCGGUCCUCAGGGUCGUCUGAUUAAGGAGGAAUACGUCCAGGACUGUCUGCAGGUGGACCUGCCCCCCCACCCGGAACAUUACAGCCAACCACUGCCCCCGGAGCCCGCUCACGUCCCCCCACCCCCCAUCACCCUGUAUCCCAGCAUACCUCUGUCCCCGCCAGUCAGCAGCUCUAUGAUAGGGGCGGCGCUGUCAGUGGGAGGUCACAGUGGUGCCAGAGAGGGUUUGCUCCAGAUAGCCCCUCCCCCUCAAAACCAGGGAGUACCUGGCUCACCGCCUCCCCCGAGCACCCCCACCCCUCAGCGGCAGAGCCCCGAGUUCUGCAGCCCGUCCAAACCGGUCCAGUCUGCUGCUGCAUCCUACCACACGACCUGGACGGGCACCAGUACAGCCUCCUACACUCCUGUAGGACCCCAGCAGAACGGGCGGAGUCACCAGCAUCCUCCAUUACAUCAUCACCCCACGCCCAACACUCACUUCUGGUCACAGCAUCACACCGCUCCGCCCUUUCCUCAACCCGUUUCCAACCACCCAGGCCCAGAGUUCUGGUGCUCUAUCUCCUACUUUGAGAUGGAUGUGCAGGUGGGGGAGAUGUUUAAGGUCCUGUCCAGUUGUCCUCUAGUGACGGUGGAUGGCUACGUCGACCCAUCUGGAGGAGACCGCUUCUGUCUGGGUCAGCUGAGUAACGUCCACCGCACCGACGCCAGUGAGAGAGCCAGGCUCCAUAUUGGGCGGGGGGUGCAGCUGGAGUGCCGUGGGGAGGGGGAUGUGUGGAUGCGUUGCCUUAGUGACCACUCAGUCUUCGUCCAGAGCUUUUACCUUGACCGAGAGGCUGGGAGAGCUCCUGGCGACGCUGUGCACAAGAUAUACCCUGGAGCCUAUAUCAAGGUGUUUGAUCUGAGGCAGUGCCACAGACAGAUGCACCAGCAGGCGGCCACGGCUCAGGCAGCAGCAGCUGCCCAGGCAGCAGCGGUUGCCGGUACGAUUCCCGGUCCAGGCAGUGUGGGCGGCAUUGCACCUGCCGUCAGUCUGUCUGCAGCAGCAGGUAUUGGCGUGGAUGACCUGCGCAGGUUGUGUAUUCUCAGGCUGAGUUUUGUGAAGGGUUGGGGGCCUGAUUAUCCCCGGCAGAGCAUCAAGGACACCCCCUGCUGGGUGGAGGUCCAUUUGCACCGCGCGCUGCAGCUGCUGGAUGAGGUGUUACACACCAUGCCGCUAGGAGACCCGGCCCAGGCCAACUGAACCAGGGGCUGUGUGUGUGUGUGUAUGUGUGUGCGUGCGUCUGUGUGUGUGUGUGUGUGUAUGUGUGUGUGCGUCUGUGUGUGUGUGUGUGUGUGUGUGUGUGUAUACGUGUGCGUACGUGCGUGCGUGCGUGUGUGUGUGUGUGUGUUUUCUCAUGACUUUUAAGUUCUGCAUCACAUCACAGAUCAGGGUCUCAUCCCAUUGGCUGUCAGCUCCCAGGGUUUGCUCCAUACAGUUAAAGUCGACCUGAUCUACUACAGCGAACAGUGAGUGAUAAAUAUUUUAGCCAAUCACAGGGGAGUGUUUGAAGGUCUGGUUUGAUUGACAGCCACGCUGACCCGAUCUGAACCAUCCCGGUGUUGUUAAACAAACCCCCGUCUCCAUACACCUGUACUCCAAACCCAUUUUGUGCUAGUCCUGACGGAUCCAUGUGUGUUUUAUUAACAUGUACUGUCAUACGGUGCCUUUGCCAUCAUCCUCUGCUUCUACAAUCAGCCAGGCGCUAACACUAGCUAAAGACAAUCAACUACUCCUGACUACAAUGUUCAGAGAGGAAGAGAGAGACAGAUGCUCUCAGACACAUGCAGAGAAACAGACUGAUGAUCAGUAGUUGUGUUCAUAGUGCGUUGAGGUUUUAAUUGCAGUGGGACAGGAAAUGCAAAUUAUUUUGGGCCACAGAUUAAAAACACAGCUGGGCUGCCAUAGUGCUUUAAGGCCUGAUAUCGAAAGGAGAUCAUGAGAAGCAAAUGAAACCAAAACUCUCCAGAACGGUCAACUAUCCAUCAUCAUCAUCAUCUCUCUCUCUCUCUCUCUCUCUCUCUCUCUCUCUCUCUCUCUCUCUCUCUCUCUCUCUCUCUCUCUCUCUCUCUCUCUCUCU